UGUCAAAAUGUACGCCAGCCUGAUCCUGCUCGCUAUUUUGGCCGUGGCUAUGACCUCGGCCAGCAAUCCUGGGCACAAUGGCCAAGUGGCAGCCGGCUCGAAUGGAUUACAGUGCCAGCCGAUCGCCGUUUCCGCCUGUCAAGGUCUUGGCUACAACAUGACCGCAUUGCCAAACCUGGCGGGGCACACCAAUCAGCUGGAGGCAGAGCUUCAGAUUGCCAAACUGGUGCCACUAAUAGAAUCCGGUUGCUCGCGACGCGCCCGUUUUUUGCUCUGCUCGUCGCUAUUUCCGCUCUGCACGCCAGAUGUGCCACGCCCCGUCACCGCCUGCAAAUCGCUGUGCGAAACGGUAAGGGACGAGUGCACGGAGACGGCCCCGCCGGAACUGAUGGAUCUGUGGCCCUCGUUCCUCAACUGCAACGUUCUGCCGCAGCCGGAGAAGCACGAGCUGUGCAUGCAGAUUCCCCAGAAGGCAGCUGUUCCACUUGGAACGCCCUCCACCGGCUCACCGGUCGCGGAAGAUCACCCGCUGACUUACCGCUUCUGGAAGAGCGGAGCACCACCACUGGCUCCUGGGAUGGGCAGUGUCCUGUGCCCGCACAACUUCAGCGGCAGUCCCUUCAACCCGCUGGAGUGUGUUCCCCAGUGCCAGCGGGACGCCUUCCACACGAGUGCCCAGAAGAAGAUGUCAGAAACCCUGAUCCUGGGCCUCUCGGCCGUCUGCUUCGUCCUCACCCUGUUCGCCCUGGUCACCUUCUGGGCGGAGCCCACCCGCUUUGGCUACCCGGAGAGGCCGGUGCUCUUCCUGUGCCUGUGCUACAACCUGUUCAGCGUGGGCUACCUGGAGCGCGUCGUGUUCCACAACCAGGCAAGGAUGCAGGAAGUCCAGGUGCCGGGACGUCUGGAGGGGUCGGCGCCGUGUCAACUGACGCCUCCUUGCCUGGCCUCCUACAUGGCCACCUCCUAUCUGAGUCUGUGCGCCGCCAGCUGGUGGCUGAUAUUCGCCCUCUGCUUCUAUCUGUCCUCCCACAAGAAGUGGUCCAGUGAGGCGCUGGAGAAGAGAUCCGGCCUGUUUCACGUCUUAGUUUGGGUGCCUUCACUGGCCCCGCCCAUUGCCGCCCUGCUGCUGGAGAAGGUGCGUCCGAGUGAGCUGACCGGGAUCUGCCAUGCGCCGGGUUUCGUGGAGCUGCCCGCCUUGGUGCUCCUCCUCCUGGGACUCUACUUCACCCUGAAGGCCUCCCGCUCGCUGCUCUCCCUGCAGCAGCAGCUGCAACCCACCCUGGCCCACCACCGUUUCGGGCAGAUCAGGAAGCGUUUCGUGAUCUUCUCCCUGCUCUACUUCGCACCCACAGCCGCCGGCGUGGUGGCGGGUCUUUGCGAGCGGUACGCGUACUCGGUGCCCAGCUGCUCCACCCCCGAGGAUUGCCUUUCACCCAACCCGCUGAGUGCCUGGCCGGCCUUGGUGAGGAUAUUCCUGCAGCUGGUGGGCGGAACCCUGACGGGAUUGUGGGUGUGGUCGCGCAAGACCUGCGAGAGCUACAGGAAUCGUUUGGGGCCCAGCGGUACGCCUGCCUCAACGAUAAUUAACCAAAGCAAAACGGCCGGGGCUCUGCCCAAAAAGCAUCUGUAUUCGAGUGGAAAGUCCAUGCUGCCCAGCAGGGGAAUCACUCCAUUAUAUGCCGGCAUUAGUUUCCACAAUGUCCCCGUCUACAGUCCAAAUCAAUCGGUAGUUUAGGCUUAGCAGAAUUCCCUAAUUUAGGUACAUCGCCUCAUUAUUGUAUAUAGAAAUUCAUCCAGAAUUAUAGAAGGCUUUAAGCUCUGAUCUAAGUACAUGUAC